GUUUGUCGCGGGAUGGUAAAUUUUAUGCAAGCCAGAAUGCAACGCUCGCUCAUCGCUCGCCAGAGACAUGUUGCAAUUAGACGAUUUCAAAAUCGCGCAUGAGUUACAUUUUUUUUCUUUAUCAGACGUUUCGUCUGACGUAGUAAGUGGUCAUUUUAAACUUGGCUUGACCUCGCCUUGGUUUAUUGCGUCAGUUCCGAGCACAUUGUAUAUUUCGUUUGGAGACUAUAAGAACUACAUCGCUGGAGUUCGUCUUUGUCGUUUGGUGUACACUAAAUCUACGGCAACACUCACACACAUAAAGAAAGCCUGUCUCCAAUCAAACAAAAUAAAAGCAACCUUCUGUAGGUCAUUUGCCGCAGCAGAUACUAUAGUUCAAGUCUAGAAAUAGGCGGGAAAAAAAAAACCCACUAUUAAUGCACGCAUUGAUGAAAAGAUGAAUAUUUUAUAACAUACUUUUAUCCGAGAGUUAUCGGCCGUUAACACGGUCGUUUCAAAAAUAAAUGAGCGAUAUAUCCUUAAGCGUAAAGUGGUUUUUCUAAGCGUGCAUGUAUUAUAAAAACAUAAGUUUUAUCUCUGAGUAUUGACCAAUAAAAUGGUUUUUCGUUUAUAAAAGUAAAAAAAAAAAAUGAAAGCCUAAACAUAACAAAGCAAGAAAAAAAGCAACGUAAUUAUAGCUUCCAUUUUUGACCAGACCUGUGUAUGUUUGUUUGAUUUCCUUCACUUCUGACUAUUUCGUCGCUUUGGGUUGGACGUUUCUUCUCUGAACGGAAGGAGCGAAGAACAGAGAACUGCUGCCAGCAAGAGCGGAAGUAGAUAUUUUUCGCCACUGGACUAUGUGUAGUGCCGGCUUACAUUGGAUAUAGAUAAUACUUAGAUUUCAAACUAUGGCAGGCACGAUGUUGGCUCUGACCUAUAUAAUGAUCACGUUCGUGUUUUCAACCCGAGUGGCUAGUUUCCCGUCCAAUGAGGAAGAAGAUCUCAGUCUCGAGACCCAAGCAGACGACACAGUGUGGCGCUCCAAGAGAAUCAAUCAAGUAGCCUGCCAUUGUUGUUCGAACUCGUUCAAUAGCAACUGUUGUUACAAGUGCAUGAAAAGUAUGGGCAAACGUUCAGUGUCAGUAGCAGACGACCAACAGCCUGUGGUCAGCCAGGAGGUGUCGAAAGAAGUGUUAGACCUGGACUUCAAUGACCAGGAAGUCCGAGAAGAUGUUGACUAUUGCCUUUGCUGUGUCUUAGAGAAGGAGGUCGACAGUUCCGUCUCCUCAUCGACCUGUUGUAAGCUGUGUGGACACAAAACAUUUCGCAUUUUUCAAAAUCGAAUACACUUGUAAAGUAUUUUAUAAUUUUAAAUUGCGUGAAAAAAAUAAUAAGUUUAGGGUAAAUAAAGUAAAAACUAUAAAAAAAAAAGAAUUUCUCGUGACUUGAAUAGGUCAAAUUACUAAAUAAAACAAAUAUAUAAAAACAUUAAGGAUUAGUUUCUUUAUAAAACUGUUUUAGAGUUAAUAACUUAAAAAGUGUCACUGUUUUGUCUCGCCAAGCCAUCAAGGAAUCUAUGACAUCAAAAUUUAAACUCUAAAUUAAAGAUAUUAAACCA